UGACGUCAUGUGAAAACACCCUAUAGUAGAAGAAGAAGAAGAAGGGGAAGACACGUGCCUUGCUACAUCGAUUACGUGCCCGGGAUCGUUACUCGCCCGUUGUCUCGCCGUUCCUGGUACUAGACCUGCAUCGCGCAAGACGGCCCAAUCCAGUUCACGAGUUUCUUCAAGCGGGAAGAUGCGCCACAACGACCCGCACUUGCAGUACUGGUCCGGAUCGGCCCAGUUCUACGCCAUGGCCUACCUGUGCACCACGGGCCUCACGAACCUUACCUGGUUCCCAUACGCCGUGUACAAGAGGGGAAGAGGCACAUACCUGAUUAUCUACACCAUCAUUACGGCUGUGUUCGUCAUUCCCCUGAUGUACUUGGAGGCUAUGAUAGCCCAGUUCUCGCAUGCUGGGAACCGUGGUGUCUUCGAAUCCGCACCCAUUUUCGCCGGAGUGAGCUACACAAUGGCCUACUUCCAAGUAGUGACUACCAUCACGGGAGCUUUCACCAUCUCGUACGCAUUCCUUUACCUGUUCAGGGUCUCGGAGAAUCCCCUCCCGUGGGAAUUGUGUACAGCUGCCGGAGGAUCAAACUGUUACAGCGUCAGCGGUAACAAGGUCUGCAAAUGGGUCUACCAAAACCUGUCGUCCAAGUACCGUGAAGCGCACGUAGAGCAGGGAAUUCCUCUUCCGAUGGACGGUGCGGCAGUUGUGAUCCCCACGGAGAUACUGAUCAACGAGACCGUAGACUGUACUCCCGGAGUAGUGAGUUCCGUCGCACUGUUCCACAAAGAACAUAUCCUUGGUCUGAGCGCUGGAAUGGGAGAGAUCGGACAAUUUCACGUGGAGAUGGCUAUCGCAUCGGCGAUCACGUGGUUAAUCAUAUAUGCGCUCAUUAUUUUCCACGCCACUUCGAUUAGACUGGUAGCUUACUCCAUCAUAGCCUCCCGUGCGUUUACCAUCGCAUUCAUCGUCUCCAAAGUGCUCGCGUAUCCCGGUGACAACUGUGGGAUCCACGAGAUCUUCAAGACGAAUUUCGUCGAUUUGUUCAGUAUCGACCUGUGGCGGCAAGCGACCGAACGCAGCAUCUACAGCGUCGGGUGUUCGGCAACAUUCCUGAGGCUCAUGAGCUGGAACUUGUUCAAUAAUAACUUCCGCGUGAAUGUCCUCGUCAUUGCGUGGCUGGAUUUUGGCACAACCGUCGUCACCACCGCCAUGGUGUUUCUCCUGUUCGGUCUGAUAGCGGAUGCGACGCAUUCAAGCAUCAACAACCUGGUGCUCUCGAUGGAUGCUCCCUUCGUUACAAUAUUAGAAGCCCUUGCUGUGUUGGAACCUCAGCGGGACUUUGUAAUCUUGUAUUGUACCCUCGUCAUUCUCAUGGGCGUCGGCAGAAUGGUUCUUGUUCCGGAGAUGACCAUCGAAGUUCUGCUUGUAGACUUCCCAUCACUGAAGAGGCACAACGUAUUCCUCAAGCUGCUGUUCUGUGUAUUUUCCUAUUCGUGUGGCCUCUUAUUCUGUACAUCGGUGGGACCAUACGUGAUAGUACUUCUGGAGUACUACCUGUGCAAGAUCUUGGGUCUCCUCCUCACAAUCGUUGAAGUAACCGCUCUGGUUUACGUGUACGGGCUACGGCGCUUGCUGCUGGACUGCAAGGUGAUGACGCACAAGUGUCCCCACUGGACACUCCAACUGAUGUGGUGUGUCAUACCUUUCGUGUUAACGGUCUUCUACGUGGUCGGCUUCGCAGCAGCUACAGAUAUUGCUUACGACCAGUAUUUCUACCCUCCCUGGUCCAAGGCGAUAGGAAUAGGGUUGGCGCUGACGGGACUCGGUAUCAUUCCAUGCUACGCAAUUUCAUUGCUUAUGACCAACAAAUCGAACAUGCGAGUAUGCCUGGCGCCAUCGCGGGCAUGGGGUCCCAACAUCGAUGCCCAUGUCUGUUCCGAGUACAUGGAGAAAGUGGUUCGUUGCUACAAGUCGAACAACAAGACUCUCUCGUCUCUAACCAAGAUCACGACGUCCGAAAAAGGGCCAUCUACGGAGCUAGCCACUGACUACCCGUCAGACGUCAGCACCACAGUGACUACAUGUGUCACUGCACCUCAGAAGACUGACAAAUCAAUCACGCAAAUCAACAAAAAUCCUCAGCUUUCUAAACGGUUUCUAGAUACUAAGCGAUGAAUAAUAGAGCAUAC